AGUGUAUAUUGCCGAUGACUGGCGAUUCGGACUCUGAUUCUGCGAAUGCGGUUGACGUGGAGCUAGUGCUGGCAUGCGAAUCGGGGGAUUUGGCCAAAGUGCAGCAUUUGGUUGAACAACAAGAUGGUGAUGUUUGCUAUCAGGAUCCUGAAACCGGGAUCAGUGUUCUGAUGGUUGCCGCCAGCGCUGGUCACACUCAAAUUGUUCGAUAUUUGCUUAACGAGGGUGCUCCGUGGAAUGCCGUGGACCGUACGUACAUGUGCGCAGGUGACUAUGCCGCCAAACACGGACAACAGGAAUGCAUUGACGCCCUGAUGGGCCACGCAGUCACUUCGGAACUGUUACUAUCUUUAGCCAUGCAAAAAGAGGAAUCUGAGGACACAGACGACAUAUUUUUCGGGUGUCCACUGGAAUCACCUGUGUUUGCGAACACCGGGGUGAAGCAUGUCCCUUCCGAAUCCCUUAACGCUUCCUAUUUAUCCAGUCGGCUGCAGUACACAGAAAAUGGUCACAAUUUGGUUGAUACCAGUACUAAUCUGGCUGUAAUGAUGGACUGGGAACUACCGCUGAUGAAGAGACACGCUGCCUGGAUUUGUCAUGCUGAUUCUCACGGGACAGGUGCUCUGUCGAACACGAUUCGUGUGUUAAAUGUUGGCUUUGGAAUGGGUAUUGUAGAUGAGGAGAUACAAGCACAUCGACCUUCUUCUCACGUGAUUAUUGAGGCGCAUCCUGAGGUGUUGCGCAAAAUGGAAUGUGACGGAUGGAUGACAAAAGAUGGUGUGCAAGUCUUACGUGGUCGUUGGCAGGAAGUUGUUCCGACGCUUGCGCAAGAGAUUGCGGACUCUACUUCACCUCCGUUUGAUGGCAUCUUUUUCGACACCUACGCGGAAGAUGACUUGGACCUACGUGAAUUUCACACAUGGCUUCCAAAAUUGUUGCGCAGGGUGGCUGCCGAAGACGAAGGUGGUACUGCGUCAGUGGCAGGCCGGUAUUCAUAUUACAACGGUGUUUGUCCUGAUAACGUGUUCUUUCACGGUGUCGCGUGUGAAACUAUCCGGUUGCAUCUGAAGAGGUUAGGAAUCGACUGUCAGUUUGAACCGAUCCCAGUGGAUGUGUCGGAUCCGAAACUGUGGAAGGACCUGUCCCGACGAUACUGGUACUUUGACACAUAUUUCCUUCCCAAGUGUACAUUCCAAUCAAAAGAAACCUGUGAUACGAAUUAGAGCUCACAUUUCCUUACUUUUUU